AUAUUUAUAGUAUAAUAAUUUAUAUUAUAUUAUAAUUCCAGUGCGGCAGGUGGCAGUAAUGCGCUGUUCUGCAAAAACAUGGCGACGUCCUUGGUCAGAAAGACAAAAUUGUUGUCGAUGGUGAGCAGCCAGUUAAAUUCUGCGGCAUGUUUCAGGAACAUUCACUGUACUGCAGCUUGUUUGAAGAACCGUGCAGCUCGUAUUCGAGUGGCUAAAGGAGACAAGCCAGUGACUUAUGAGCAGGCGUAUCACCCUCAUCACAUCGGCCACAGGAAGGGCUGGCUCUCACAGCACACCAGUAAUCUUCAGGGUGAAGAUGGAGCGGCGGAGCGUGUGGUGGAGGACGUCUUCAUCAGACGCUUCAUGUACGGCACGUUUCACGGCUGUUUAGCGGAUGAGGUGGUGAUCAAACGCAGAGGAAACCUCCUGCUCAUCUGUGCUGUGAUGAUACAGAAACUCUUACCGUCGAAAUUCUACUUUCUCAUUGGUUACACAGAGGAACUGCUCUCCCAUUUCUACAAAUGUCCAGUUAAAAUCGAGAUGCAGACGGUAGAAGAAAAAGUAGUCUACAAAUAUCUUUAAGGCCAUGUGUUGUGGGGAAAAGCAGAAGUGAUUUCUCUUUAUUAGUAUGUUUUAUACUGUCCAGUAAGUGUCGGUGAAGGUGUUUUGUGAUUUAUUUGGAAAAUCAUUAGUAAAAAUGAUCUCAUGAUAGUAACUUGAAA